AUGUCGGCAGGACGCAAGGUCUUCCACUGUGCCGUGGAUGAGACGGCACUAACUACGAAUAUCAGCGAGAUCAAAAAAUGGGCGACGAACGGGGCUAUCAAUCUUAUCGUUCCUCUUUACACCCUCGAGCGCCUUCAUGCGCUGAAGAAAACCGGGUCGCAGGUCGCUAUCAACGCUCGAGAAGCAGUGCGAUUUCUUGACCGCGUGACGUCCGGAAAGGACAACGCUGUCUCCGAAAGAAUUAUUCUACAAGGACCGAUGGAACAGUACGAAAAUUGGAGCGAGGCAGAGAAGUUUUUCUUACCGGAGUUUGAAGACGAACCAGAGGCAGCCGACGGGGCCAUUUCAGCGGAGGAUCCGACACUGCAGGAGAAGCAAGACGAGAAGGAUGGAGACCACAAGAAGAGCAACACCUCUACCAGCGAUUUGUCGCAAAUGCUUCUGAGCAAAUUGAACUUUAAGAAGGAUUCGGAUGCCAUUUCGCUCACCUCCACGGGUACUCACAGCGCCCCUGUCUCGCCACCCUCGUCUAGGAGCUCUCGGACAAGUCCAGAGUGUGCGAAUAAUCACGCUACGAACGGCGAGGAAUCCAAGGACUACAAGGACAAAGGACAUCGUCGCACCGCUUCCGGGUCUAUGAUCCCCGUCGUGCCGCCUGCUCUGCAGCCCUUGCUUAGCGCACUUCUAUGGAGACUACAUGAAAGCCCCGAUGCGUCAAAUGCUGCUAAAGCACCCAUCCUGAUUAGCAACGACCUUCCCACCCAACGUUGGGCGCAGAAGUUUGGUAUCGGCGUCAAGAACAUCCAUCAGCUGCGAACUUCCAUCCAAUACGAAGAAAGAGAAUAUAAAAACCGAUGCAAAUACGUUGAGAAAACCCAGACCACCACCACCGAGCCCAAGUCCUUACUUUCCUACGAAGAAGAAAGUGACGAGGACGAACUAGUCUUCGUCCCCCGCGGUCGUGGCAAGGGCGCUCCAAAAAGUGGUGGUUCUCGCGGAGGCGGCAACCGCAAAGCUUCUGCACCGGCCAAAACUGCUGCGCCGCCCGUGGAAAGCACGAUUGAGAUACCGACUCAACCGAUCGAUCCUAACUCAUUUAGUCGGUCACUGGGCGUGACACCAAAACAACAAGCGACAGUUGAUUUGAGCACCCAGGCCGGCGCCUCACGUGGCAUGGCAGGUGCCUCGCGGAACAAUACCAACAAUCGGCGCGGCGCGGCGCGUGGCCAAAACCGCGGUGGCAGUCGUGGCCGUGGCAAACUCUGGGUUCCAUGA